CUACAGAAAUGGGCUUUGUAGACACCCAACUAAAAGAUACAAAGACAGUUUUUUAUUUAACUGUCCUUAUAACUUAAUAAGGACGUCGCGUUUUAAUUUUUUACAAUCUUCCGUGUUUUUCCCUUAAGCGCAGUGUAGUAGCGGAAGUCUAGGUCGUCAUUUCUGAAACCACAACAAAAAAGAUAAAACACUAUUCACUCCCUAGAAAAUCACUCUCGCGUUCUGCUCUCUCUCUCUCCCCUCAAAUCUCUUCUGUCUCUCCUCCCAAAUCUUUCCUUUGCCUGGCCUCCUCCAUCUUCGAUAUCACCAUGACCUUGGACACCACCAUCGGCCUAUUCGAUGUCCUCCAACACGCCAAGUAUCCCGAUAACACUGUGUUCAACCUCAUCACUACGCACCAUCGCCGGGACGACCUCCACCACUUCGACUGUAACCUCGUGAAGGGCAAGAUCUCAUACUCCGGCGUUGACCAGCCUCUCAGCUAUGCGCGAAUCCAGCUGCCUAAUCUAUGUUGCUUUGCCAUAGGCACAAAGGAUGGCUUCAAAGUAUUCAAUUCUAAUACAGGGAGACUCUGCUAUGAACGAGCUAUUGGCGCUUUCGCUAUUGUUGAAAUGCUAUUUAGCUCUAGUCUUCUUGCCAUUGUUGGAGCUGGUGAAGAGCCAUCUUUAUCUCCGCGUCGUCUCUGUUUGUUCAAUACAACAAUUGGAACUGCUCUUCGAGAAUUGAACUUUUUGACUUCAAUACUUUCCGUUCGUAUGAAUAGGAAAAGCUCCCUGCUAUAAUUUCUCUAGGCUUAACUUGAGUAAUCCCUCCCCUUGUCUCUUACUCAAGAUCAAAUAAUGCAUUUGUUUCAGGUAAUGUUUCUUUCCAGACUUAUUUUCAAUUUUUCAUAUACCUUGUCUUCUAUUUAACAAUAAACAAUUAUGUUCCUUCCUACAGUAUUUGUAUAUUAGCAAACAUAGUCAUUUCUGUGCCCUUUGUUACGUCAACAGCAGCACUUAAUUGGUAGUGUAUUACUGUAUAACAGAUAAUAUGUUUCUUUUUUCAGAUUUUAAACUAUAUAAUUAUGGAUGGGAACUUGGUUUGCCCUGCAAAGAUGGGAAGAUCUGUAGCUGUAGGUAAUCCAGAGCUCUUGUUUUUCUUAAUAGGUCUAUGCUUGUCUUAUACUUGUUUUUGUGGAUUGUGGAUUCAUGCUAUGUUAGUUAUAUGUAUAUGGCCUAUACGAUGCGUUUAUGAAAGUUGCAUUUUGGGAAUUUAUUACUUAUGUGACUUAUCUUUGUUCAGUGGAAAUAACUAUUUGAAUGCUUAGUGGCAACACAUAGGAGCUUAUAGGUGCCAUGCAAAACUCAUUAUUACAAUUUAGCCUUUUUACAAGAUAUAUAUGAAGAAACUUCUGCUUUUGCUUGCAGACAUUUAUAAUCUAAGUGAGAAAUCGUCUUUGGAGUUGAGACCAUUCAUUAAGGCUGUUUGAAAGUUGCAAUGUUUUCACUAGGUAUGUAACUAUCUAAAGGCAUGACUAAUACUAUUAGUUUUCUUGCUCGUUUGCUUUCUUAUACUGAAGAAGUUAAUCUGAUUGCUUACUGCUUCUAUCUUGUCCAGAAGUGCAAUCUCCAGAAAACCUAUUACAACUCAUUUUUUAUUUUACAGACUCUAAAACAACUUAAAUUUACACUUGUUGGUACUUCAAAAUGUGACAUAUUAUCAUCAACACUUAUUUUUCUUUACUAUUUUAUUGAUUUUUACAGUUCAAGAGUCGAGACGAAUUCAUGGACAUCCACAAUGAAUACGCUGUGGGUUGAACUUGUAUAGUUAGAUUAUUGUUAGUAGUUAUUUAUUGAAUCGUUAGUUAUUGCUUAAUAACUUUGUGCUCAUUGUAUUGUAUUUUAGUUAUAAUAGAUACAUUGGUCACUAGUCUUGUACUAAAUUAUGUAUAUUUUAAUUUUUUUUUUGUGUCAUGUAAAAGAUACAAGGACGUCUUUUCUACGUCCUAAUAGACAUUAGAUGACGUUUGUAUGAGAUA